AUGUUUUUCGCUCUAUGUGUGGCGGGUUUAUUAUCACUUGUGUCAUCAGAAAGCUGCUUUUACCAGCGAUGCUUAGCCUGUCAUCCACAAGAAACAAUAUGGCCUGGAAAUCCCCAAGAAUGCGAUCCAUCCCACUGGGUAACAGCGGAAUGGGUUCAUAAUCUGGGACAUCCACCGCCAAGAACUGAUUCCAGGAUUAACGUGGAAAUGCGUUGUCUCAAAAUGGUAGCUACGCCUGACGAUAAGACUUUUGGAAAUACGGUAGAUGUUAUCAAAGGAUGUGUGCCGAAGGUCCAAGUAGAUUCAGUAUGUCUGGGCUUAGUGGCGGUCGAGCGCGCUCGCGGACACAGCGACGCAAGAUGCUACAUUUGCAACGGAAACGAUUGCAACUCCGCGUCACAUAUCAACCCCAGUAUGGCUCCUUUGCUACCGCUCAUACUAUACUAUGUACUGAGGUGA